UUGACGUUUCACCGCGCCCGUGUCAUUCUGUCUACUUACACGUUGACAAAUUUCUCGUAUUUACGCUAUAAUCUUAUCAGAUUUCUACCUUUCCAGUGCAUUUUGUGAUACAUUUUAAGUAAUUAACAAUGUCUUCCCCCGAUGAAACUACUCAACUGAAGGCAGGACACCCUCCUGCAGUUAAGGCUGGUGGCAUGAGAAUCACACAGCACAAGACUCCUCACGCCAACCCUAAAGAACCAGCGAACGAAGACUUGACCGGCCUGUCCGGACCAUCUCCAGUUCCGUCCAACCCAGUGUCUAUCUCCGGGGCACCAAACCGAGGGAACGCUGACUUCACUCCGGUAGCAGCACAGGUGGCUCACAGUCCGAAGCCUCCCGCUCACAUUAAUGUAGCGCCAAAACCCAACAUCCAACAACCAAGGAAGUAGACACAUAGAUAUUCUAUGUAACGGGCAUAUCACCAUCUAUCAGUUUACCAUUAGGUGCUCUAUAAAACUGAGUAGGGAAAAUAUUUUGGACUGAAACAUCUGUACAAACAGUAGUUACUUUUUCAUUGUGACAAAUAUACAUAGAUCUUGUGGCAUAAACUAUUAUAGCUCGUGUCAUACACGAUGCCGUGCAGAUUUGUCAAAUCGUAAGAUCACUACGAUUCAAGGCACGCGUAUUCGUGAAUAGGCCCACACAGAGCGAGCAUUAGCCGAGGCACAUCUACACUGGCCGUUUUAGGAAAUUGCCUCGCGCGUAUGCUUGCUCUGUGUGGACCCGCCUAUUGACACGAUCUAUGUACAAAAACAAAAUAGUACCUGGGUUAUUUUUUUUUAUCCUGAAUAUCAUAGACAUGCUAAUAAAAUUAUUAAGUGUGUUGAAAAUCAUAGAGCCUUAUUAUAAAUCAAUAAUGUCAAGAUCUCUUUGAACGCCAUGCCUGUCGUGUGCGGUGUGUCAUUAUGAACCUUGUCGGAAUGCACAAAGGUUGAUAUUGGGCUGCGCCCGUCAGUACGUCUUUGGCGGCCAAACGGUCUGUAAUUUGAACACCUAAUGUGAACUGUCUGCCUCACUAGCCUAGUGAUUAGAUUGGUAUAGUUGAACAUUGCUUGACCUGCUCUGGUAGAUAUAGUACUAUAUAUUUUACACGGUAUUAUUUCACUUAAGGGCCUAUUCACACCGCGCACUAUGCGUCGUCGACGCGCGUUUAUAGCGCGACAAACGCAAACUGAUUGAUGGAAUGAAAAACGCGGUGUGCAUAAGCCCUAAAUAAUCCAGGUUUUAUGUCCGUUUGUUUCUUCCAAAAAUAAUAAAUCAGCUAUAUACGCAUAUGUUUUGAAUGAUGCUCCCACAUUGGCUGUUAUAUAACAUGAAUUCAGACAGAAGUUUUGGUGGCAGAAUGAAAGUGAUUGACAAAAUGAAAUAUCGACAUGACCAUUAUCGAUGUUACCUUAAUGUUAUAGAUAUUUUUAACAUUGUAUGAGAAGAUAGCAACCGCGAAAUACACAACACGUAUUCAUCUUCUUAUAUAUAUAUAUAUAUAUAUAUAUAUAUAUAUAUAUUUAUUUUUGGCAUUGUAUACUACAGUUUACGUUUUUAUUUUUAAGUGCUAAAUAUAUGUAGUUAAUAAAGAAAUUAUGUACCGAUUUGUAAUUGAUUUUCAUUCUUGAUAUUUCUCGGUAAUUUACAGCAAGUAAAAGUUACCUUUUAAUUUUAAUAUAUAACUGACUUAUCGAUAACAGAUUUAUCGAUGUUUCAUUUUGUCAAACAGUCGUUUGUGCCACAAAAACUUGUAUCACUGAAUAUGAUAGUAUUGGUAGUGUUUUUUAUGUGAUCCCUGUCACACGUGUUAUUAAUUAAUAUUAAAAAAAACAGCCAAUUUGAAAUCUCUGUUGAAAUCAAUUUUAAUAUUAUUGUUACUAUCCUAUAACAACCUAAUCAUUGCAAGGCUAUUUUUAAAUUUGUAUGAAAAACUGUGUGCUCACUAAGAAAAUUAAAUAAAUAUCAUAACUAUGUUUGCUGUUAUCUAACUAUAUAGAUAAUUACAAAACAACAAGUCUACUAUUAUGAAUGUUUAUAUAUAGAUCCAAGUAAAUGGUACCAUAAUUACAAAUAAGCAAUGUGUUUAGAAUAGAAAUAAAAUUAAGACUUACAGUACAUACAUGUACAUAAACAUGAUAAGUCAUAAAAAAAAGUUAUAAAUAUUUAAAAAGAAUAAUAAAAAAUCAUAAUUCAUAAUUGUAAUUUUAUGUUGUUUUUUCAGAAAAAGGGCCUAGUGUGGUAUACCACACUAAGUUUCCUUUCCUGACGACGACACAUCUUUCUACUUUACAUUAUUUUUGUUACUACAUUUUAAUGUAUUUAUAUACAUAAUAUUU